CGGUUCGCUACGACAUCACGCCAAAGACUCUCUCAAACCUCCGACAUGUCUGACACGGAAAUGGACGGUGGCAUCGCGCUGCAGGCACCUUCGCCCACGCAGUCACAGCUCGCCGACAAAAUCAACGGCGGCGCAAUGGACGUCAAGUCGGUUGCAGACUCGACUGUGAGCAGCAGACUGCCAAUUACCGUGAAUAAGCCUACGCCAUUCACUUUCGACCUGGGCAACCUCCUCGCCAACGACCCUAAUCCUGUGCCCGCCAACGCAGACGAAGAAACUCUCACUGCCACUGCUCGUGACGCAGCGCAAGCCAUAAUCAACCAGCUCCUCUCCACCUGCGAAGUCAAAUCUACCUCGGAUGGCGUGCACCUUGUUCUCCCCGCGCCCUCAACGCCGCUUCCCCGCGAGAAACCCAUUCCUAAGGCCAAGGAGCAGACCAAAUGGGAGCGCUUUGCUGCCAAGAAGGGUAUCAAAGACAAGAAGCGUGAGGGCAAGAUGGUCUACGACGAUGCCAGUGGGGAGUGGGUACCCAAAUGGGGCUACAAGGGCAAGAACAAGGAUGGCGACAACCAGUGGCUGGUCGAGGUCGACGAGAAGAAAGAGCAAGAGACGGGCGAGGCUCACGACGAGAGGGCCGAGGGCAGGCGGGAGCGGAAAGAAAGGGUUAGGAGGAACGAGAGGAAGCAGCGUGCCAACGACCGAAACUCUCGAAAGAAUGGUUAGGGAGAUGGAGAGGCUGGGGUUUGAGUAGAAUGGAAAGAUGGAGCAACGCUUUUUCAUGAUUUGCAUUGGGUGGCGUUAUCAUUCUGGGGAUAUAUCCGACUUUACGGGCGUAUGUGGUCAAAAGCUUCAAUGCACAGCUCUUUCGCAUCUCUGAAGAUACAAGAAACGGGAAGUUGCCGAGAAAGGAUGAGGAGACGGAGGUUGAGCUUAUCUAAAAUAUCCAAGACUUUACAAUCGCCAUCACAUUGCUAACUGUUGCC